AUGGUUCACUUAGUUCCUGAGAAGAUCGAUAGAUGGCGGAGGUGCAAUUUACAUCUGAACUGCUACAACGAGGAGUUGCGCCUCGCCGUUGAGUACUACGGCAGGCAGCACUAUGAGUUCGUGCCGGUCAUGCACGGAGACGAGGAGGACUUGGACUACCAACAAUAUCGAGACGCGGUCAAGAAAGAAUUGUGUGAGAAGAACAAUGCACAGCUGAUUAUUGUGAAUAGUGCGGAAGUACCCAAGGACGAGCUUCGACAUUACGUUGACGGAGAGUUAAUUCCACGCGGUUUUUUAACGGCGAAGGGAUUCCAAGUUAUUCCCCCGUUGCCGGUUGGUGAUUGGGAUGAAAAAGUCGAUCCGGAUGAAAUGUCAUUCGGGUGAGGAAGUCGACCCUGAAGACGCUCCAGUAAACAAGCGGCUUUGCAUACAGC